ACCACUUCCUCUUUAAAGGAAAGAAAAUCUUGAAGUGACGUCUGUGGGCCUUAGAGAACUACGUAAAAUGGCGAAGAAAACUUAUGAUCUGUUAUUUAAGUUAUUGUUGAUAGGUGACUCAGGUGUUGGGAAAACGUGCAUCCUAUUUAGGUUUUCGGACGAUGCCUUCACAACAACAUUCAUAUCCACUAUAGGUAUUGACUUCAAAAUUAAGACUGUUGAGCUGAGAGGAAAAAAGAUCAAAUUGCAGAUAUGGGACACAGCAGGGCAGGAGAGAUUCCACACAAUAACGACAUCAUAUUAUCGAGGUGCAAUGGGAAUAAUGCUAGUUUAUGAUAUAACAAAUGAGAAGAGUUUUGAGAAUAUAGUGAAGUGGCUUCGAAAUAUUGAUGAACAUGCGAAUGAAGAUGUGGAGAAAAUGAUUCUGGGUAAUAAGAGUGAUAUGGAGGACAAACGAGUAGUAAGCAGAGAGCGUGGCGAAGCAAUUGCACGAGAGCAUGGAAUCAGGUUCAUGGAAACAUCAGCAAAAGCAAACAUAAAUAUAGAACGGGCAUUUAAUGAAUUAGCGGAGGCCAUUCUUGAUAAAACUGCUGGUAGAGAUCCAGCGGAGUCAUCGGACAGAGUGAUAGUUCCAGACAGACGGGGAGAAAGAGGCUCCAACAGGUGCUGCUAGGUGUAGCUUAAAAACAAAAUAAAAACAAAAACUCUUAUGCUACCAGGGAUGCAGAGCAGUUUGAUUUGCUGUAUUACAAGCUGUGAUGUAUUGCCAAAGAAUAAAAAUGGGAUUUAAAACUCUUUUUACAAUUCAAAAUAAACCUACCUUUCACUUGUGGGAGCGAUUUUGAAAUGUAAGUGGGGGAAUGAAAGUGAUAAAUGUGAAGCAUGGAGCUGUGUGGGAGUAUGUUGGUGUUCAGAUGUCGCAAACGUUGGUUACUAAUUACUUGGGGGGAGUGUGUGUGUGUGUGUGUGUGUGUGUGUGUGUGUGUGUGUGUUUUUUUUUAAUUACUCUUCAGUGCAUCUCUGUAAACACAUUUUCAAUAACACAGAGACACUGUGUGGUUUGAGUGGUGUGUAACUUCAUUUAUAAGUAAUGUAAUAAAAAUAAAACCUGAACAAUUUGUAGUGAAUGUAUUUUUUACCUAUUUUCUAGAGUGCUCUUCUCUUUUUCAGACUUAUUUAUUAUUAUUUUUUUUUAUUUGAUGUAUGGCAAGCUUUUCUAGUUUUAUAAGACAUUUCAUAUAAAGUUUGAAGUUCUCUGUGAUUUGUUGUAGCCUCUUGAGAGAUUCUGCUGUAAUACAGUAAAUCAAACUUGUCAUUAAGAGUUUGAUUGCUACAAGUUCCUGGCAUUUUGUAGAGUCCAGUUGAACUUGUUGCAUAAUUCUCGUGAACAACACAGUCUCUGUUUAGAUUUUAUAAAGAACCAAGAAAAGGAACCGAAACACCAUGGUGCUAGAAAAUAAGUUUCUCAUAAAUCCCUUGAACGACUGACUUGUGGGGUGUAAGUGAAGUGUACUAUAGAAAGUGAAGUGACACUAGGAGUAUGGUUUUAUGGACAAAGUAUAUGCUCCUUUAUGUGAACAUAUUUUUUGUGUGUGCUGAUACCAUUUAUCGUUGUGUGAUCAUCAGAGUUAAUAAUCUUUUAUAUAAAAUGGUAUUUUCAUGCCUGCUUAUUCAGAAAUUCACUUGGAAACUGAAGAUUGCCAUUAGCACAUUAGAUAAAUACAAAUCUGAUAGUUAACAGUGCAACUGGCAGUUCAUGAACCACCAAAUCGUUGGUCAUGUUGAUCUGCUGGCAUUUUGAUUGUGAUCUCUUACUGUUUACUUAUUCUGUAAGUGAUUUGUUUGCAUUAUAUUCAGAAUCAAUAAGUUAAUUUGGUUUUGAGUUAUUUCUCGAGUUGACAGAUACAGGAAUAUGGUAUAAUAGUUUUAAAACACAUGGUGAAGAAGUAAUUCAUACGUGGAAAAAUUGUCAGCAGCACUGUGAGCAUUUCCAGUACUAUGGCUUGUGAGAGCAAUUUCAUGGCAUACUUUGAUUUGCACAUCUCAAAAUGAAAAAAAAAAUUAUCAUAUUCACUUUUUGAAGCCACAUGAGUACAUUACUGUAAGCUUAAAGCUUAUGCUAGUAAAUGUUUGAUGUUUUGAAAUUAUUCACUAGAAAACUAUUUGCAGCGUAUGCAUGAUUGACUGACAAGGGUACUGCUGGUUUUACAUGAUGUUUCACUGUGAAUAAGACAGUACCAGUCUGUGUUACAAGAUCACCCAGAUAACAAAAAAAAAUUAUUUUCAAAGGUUUUACAUGGUACCAAUUUUGCAUAUUAUAUACUCUUGGGUUACUAGUAAACAGAAAGUAACCAGCUGGUUCCUAUAAAUGUGUAAUCAUUAUAUGUCUGAUAUAGUGGUUAGAUUCAUUAUAAAGCAACAACAAAUUAUCAAAAUUUUCAUCUACAUAAUUAGCAUAUUGUAAAUUCUUGUUUUAUUUUUAAGAUUAAAAAGUUGUGAUUUGUAAUUGCUGUCUGUGUUGGGUAUCAUUUUUGGCAUGAAUUGACAAGGAUUACUUUCUUUAAAAAAACUGUCAGUUGGAAUAGGCAAGGUAUUUGGAAUAUUACUUGCAUUCUUGAGAGAAUGUUGCUGCUUUUGUUUCCAAAGCAGAUCUAUGCUCUUCAUAUGGAAAAAAGAGAGAGGUUUUUUAAGAGGAGAGGAGCAGCGAAGGUUAAAAAUGUAAAUGGAGAAUGAAGACAGUGACAGACGAGAUUUCGUGAAAUUCCUAUCUACAAAAAAUAAAAUGUGUGCGCAUGUAACUUUGCUUCGUGUCAAUAGAAAAUUGGGAGAUAAGUAAUUAUAGAUAACUGAUGUUAACUGAUGCAGGUACUGGGUAGAGCAGAAAUUAAGUGUAUACUGUGAAUUUUCAUGAAAAAUUUUAUGAAUAUAGUGAGAUAACUGUAAGACAUGUUGCAGGGGAAGAAAGAAAGUGGAAGCCUUAUUACUGAAACUUGUAAAUUAAAUUAAAUUUUUCAUAUGAACUUUGAAUGUGCUCUUCCCCCCGUACAGAAAAUCUGAAUUGAUUGUUAAAAAUAAUAACACAAACUAUCAAAUUUGUAAUCAACCCAGUAAAACAAGUGUCGCCAGCAAUAGCACUGAAUAUCAAAAUAUGCCUUCAGCCAUAGCCAGCCUCUUUUCAAUGCAACCCUAAGGUAGAAAAAAAUUUCAGCUGUGUAUGAAAGGCCUGAUGUGAUUGCAGUAAUAGAAAGGCUUUUAUGGAAGUGAGAACACUGGAAGAUUGUAUGUUAUUGUCUGAAAUGUUCAUGUUCCAGCCGUACUAGAAGAUGAAUUACUAUUUCAUUACUUAAUAAGCCAGUGUAGAAUAUUCUUAUGUUCAGUCAGUGGUCAACAGCUAAAGUUCCAGAUGCAUAUUAUGUAAUAUUAAAUUGGAAUAAGGAAAGUGGGAAUGUAAGACCAGCAGUUACUGCAAACUGAGCCAUUGAAUUUUUGUUAAUUGUUCUGUGGGCUUCAAAGUUUUGAUCACUACAAAAUAAGUAAUGUUACUGAGACACAUACAAGAAGUAAUAUUUUGCUAUGUUUCCUUCAAUGGAGUUGAGUUACAUGGCUCAGAGAAAGAAGGUGUAUAAGUUUAAGAUAAAGCAACAAAUUUAUUACAAUAUUUUGUAAAUAAACAUUCUUUACAUUAUUAAAACCUUUACUUCAGAUUA